UGUAAUGUAAAGAAAGAUGAUUUGCGCUGCCAUGGAUGAAUUUUAUACUCUUCCCAACAAUGGCGAAACCCGCCGCCUCUUUUUACUUCAAUUCUAUCCACUUUGACCAUUCUCUACAUAAUCCUCUGCUACUCCCUUCUUCACUCUCAUCACCCACUAUCCAACAUGACUUCUUCAUCCCUUCUCCCAUGGCUUCUCUUAGCUCUUCACCUUUUCCCCUCACCCUUAUUAGCCCACAGAUCAACCUACAUUGUCCAUAUGGACAAAUCCUUCAAGCCCGCCGCUUUUCCCACCCACCACCACUGGUACUCCUCCGCCGUCACUUCUUUACACGCCGCCCGCCGCUCCUCUCCGCCCAAGCUUCUCUACACUUACGACAAUGCGCUUCACGGCUUUAGCGCUGUUUUAUCCGAAGAUGAACUUCAGGUCUUGAAAAAGUCUCCGGGAUUCGUUUCGGCUUAUAAAGAUCGGACCUUUGAGCUCCAAACCACGUACACGCCGGGUUUUCUGAAGCUUAAUUCCGGAACGGGGCUAUGGCCGGCGUCGAGGCUCGGAGAGGAUGUGAUAAUAGGCGUGAUUGACUCCGGGGUUUGGCCGGAGUCUAGGAGCUUUAGAGACGACGGUAUGCCGGAGAUUCCGAAGAGGUGGAAGGGGGUUUGCAAGGAAGGAACAGAGUUCAAUUCUUCGUUGUGUAACAGAAAACUGAUUGGCGCUAACUAUUUUAACUCCGGAGUUCUCGCCGCGAAUCCCGGGAUUAAUAUCCCCAUGAACUCCGCACGUGACACCGAUGGACACGGCACGCACACGGCGUCAACCGCCGCCGGAAACUUCGUCGACGGCGUUUCCUACUUCGGCUACGCGCCGGGGACGGCGAAAGGAGUGGCGCCGCUCGCGCGUGUGGCGGUGUACAAGGUCAGCUGGGACGAAGGGCUCUUCACCUCCGAUCUCCUCGCCGGCAUGGACCAGGCCGUCGCCGACGGCGUCGACGUAAUUUCAGUUUCCAUAGGCGUCCGUUUUGUUCCCCUGUACGAAGAUCCCAUUGCAAUUGCGGCUUUUGGGGCUAUGAAUAAGGGCAUUCUCGUCACCGGCUCCGCCGGCAACCGCGGUCCUAGCGCCGGCACUCUAAACAACGGCGCUCCUUGGAUUUUGACCGUGGCUUCCGGUUUAACCGACCGUUGGUUCGCCGGAACAUUGACAUUGGGGAACGGAUUAAAAAUCAGGGGUUGGAGCUUGUUCCCGGGAAGAGCAAUAGUGAGGAACGUAAAUCUGGUUUACAAUAAAACAAUUUCUGUUUGCAAUUCAUCGGAAUUGGUAGCCCAAGUCCCUAAUCCGGGAUCCACUAUCCUCAUUUGCGAUAAGCCGGAGAUAGAAGCCUCUUCCUUAACCUUCUCUCAGGCAGAAUACAUCUCCGAUGCCGGAAUCCGUGCUGGUAUUUUCAUCAACGACGAUCCCACAAUUUUCCGGUCGACUAGAUUUCCCAACCCCGGAGUCUUCAUUACCCCCAAAGAAGGGAAACAAGUGAUUAGAUACGCCAAAACUGCUAUUGAUCCGCGAGCUACUAUUACUUUCCAGGAAACAAUUUUCGGGAACAAGCCGGCGCCGACGGUGGCCGCCUCCUCUUCCAGAGGCCCAUCUCCGAGCUACCUAGGGAUUUCGAAGCCGGAUAUCUUGGCGCCGGGAGUGUUGGUCUUAGCCGCCUAUCCACCCAAUAGCUUUGCGGUAAACAUUGGAAUCAACAUUCAACUAGGCACCGAUUAUUUUCUUGAAUCAGGGACGUCCAUGGCUUGUCCACACGCGGCCGGAAUAGCAGCCAUGCUGAAAGGGGCACAUCCAAAUUGGAGCCCUUCCGCCAUCAGGUCGGCCAUGAUGACCACCGCUAUCACCCUAGACAACACCGGAAAACCAAUCAAAGACUCCGACAUCAACGCUGCCGCCACGCCGCUGGACAUGGGUGCCGGCCUGGUUGAUCCCAACGCCGCACUUGAUCCCGGCCUAGUUUACGACGCCACCCCUCAAGACUACUUGAAUCUCCUCUGCUCCAUGAACUUCACAGAAGCUCAAUUCCAAACCAUUGCGAGAUCUUCAUCCUCAGCCUCCGAUAACUGCUCCAACUCAAAUCCGGAUCUAAAUUAUCCAUCCUUCAUUGCUCUGUACUCCCCUGAAGGAGAUAACGACUUGUUGGUGCAGACAUUCAAGAGAACUCUGACAAAUGUUGGUCCCGGUGCAGCUACGUAUAAGGCUAAGUUGGAAGUUCCCAGGAACUCGACAAUCUCAGUGUCUCCGAAAACAUUGGUGUUUACGAAGGAGGAGGAGAAACAGAGCUACAGUUUGACGAUACGAUAUGGAGGUGAUAAACAUCAGACUGAUCAGAGCCACAAAUUCGGCUCCAUUACAUGGGUAGAAGUGAAUGGUUAUCACAAGGUCAGGAGUCCAAUUAUGGUGUCAUCUCCAGUAGAUCUCUGGGAAUGAAGUUGAACAAAACCUCAAUAACUUGACAAAUAAUAAUUCUUUCCAC